UGGCCUGAUUUGGAACACACGUCUUGAAUGAGGGCUUUUAAGGCUGUUUAUUUCGGGAUCGGCUGCAUCUUCGUACUAGCAUUAUAUUGGGAGAUUGCAGUCCCUCCCACCCUCUUGGCGCUCACACUUUUUCGUUUUAUCCAUGCGCCCAAUUUUGGAGCCAGCCCUCCAGGAUCUCCUGACCAAUCAAGAGACCACACAUUGUUGCCUAAGAGACCCCGGAUGCCAGCGAAAAGAUUUAUAGGCGGUGAUUGGACUACUGGAAGGGGUGGGGGCUAGACAGAGUCAAAGAAACAGCAACUAUGGCAACACCAGCGCCAGAGGCUUGAAGAGAAAGACGAACCAAAAGAGGUAUAGUUUUUCUUAUGGAAGAAUAUCCAGUUAUUUCAUGAUGGCAUUUGCACCUCCAAAAAACAUAGGUGGUCCCAAAGUGCAGGCAAAGAUGAGUACCUGGACACCCCUAAACCAUCAGCUUUUGAAUAACCGGGUAUUUGAAGAAAGAAGAGCUCUGCUUGGAAAAUGGUUUGACAAAUGGACAGACUCUCAAAGGAGAAGAAUCCUGACAGGGCUGUUAGAACGCUGCUCCCUGUCACAGCAAAAGUUCUGCUGUCGAAAGCUUCAGGAAAAAAUUCCAGCAGAAGCUCUGGAUUUUACUACCAAGCUUCCAAGGGUGUUAUCUUUAUAUAUCUUUUCUUUCCUGGAUCCCCGAAGCCUUUGUCGUUGUGCACAGGUGAGCUGGCAUUGGAAGAACUUAACAGAACUGGAUCAGCUCUGGAUGCUCAAAUGUUUACGGUUUAACUGGUACAUCAAUUUCUCUCCAACUCCCUUUGAGCAGGGUAUAUGGAAGAAACACUAUAUUCAAAUGGUGAAAGAACUCCAUGUUACCAAGCCCAAGACACCUCCAAAAGAUGGGUUUGUGAUCGCUGAUGUUCAACCAGUUACAAGCAGUUCUCCAGAGGAAAAGCCAUCCCCUUCAUCAGCUUUCCGGUCCUCUUCCUCUUUGAGAAAGAAGAACCACCCAGGGGAGAAAGAACUCCCACCCUGGCGAUCCUCUGACAAACAUCCAACUGAUACCAUUCGCUUCAAUUACCUGGACAACUGUGACCCCAUUGAGCAAAGCUGGCAAGGAAGAAGGAAAAGACACGAAAUGACCCCAGAUUUCAACCGACAGUCACGUGAUAGGAAAAAUAAAUCACAGGACAGAUCUAAACUAGGAAAAGCACAGUCACUGAAGCAGAGUAAGCUAGGAGGAAAAGAGAGCACCCUCUUCGUUGGUGUCACCUGGAGGGGUGAUCAGACCGUCCGGGCAGCCUUCUGGGCUCGUAGGCAGACAGAGGACAGCAGGGGUCCUCUGCACAGAAUCCCCAGAUGGUAAAGUCCCGGAAGCAGCUCCAUCCUGGGGGUGAAGCAUCCACUCAGCUGAAGCCAGGAUGAACAGUCACCCCGCUUAGACUCUCCUCCUGGAAGGAAACCCUUCUGGGGCGGGGUCCUCCCCAGACAUCUUCAUCCCCACCAGUGGCCGUUACUUGUAACUCAGCUCCCAGCCUACGCUUAGGCCAUUUACAGGGGUGAGUCGAAGCUGUGUUUAUAUGACUAAAAUGAAAAACUCCUGAUUUUAUGACUUUCAAACGCAAUAAUCCAUAUUUACAUACAGUAUUACCACAUCACCCCUGAACUGGGAGUCAUCAUAAAGUGCUGAGGGUAGAUUUUUUUUUUUAAGUCCUUAUUGAAUUUGUUACAAUAUUGCUUCUGCUUUCUGUUUUGGUUUUUUGGCCCCGAGGCAUGUGGGAUCUUAAUUCACCGACCAAGGAUCGAACUCGCGCCCCCUGCAAUGGAAGUGCAGAGUCUUAACCACUGGGCCGCCAGAGAAGUCCUUUUUUAGCUUUUUUUUUACCACAUCACAGGCUUGGGAAGAUUAAAUGAAGUAAUAUAAUGCCCAGCAGCCAGAUAUUUGCAAUUAUUAUUGUUGUUGGUGGUGGUGUUUCUAGAAGAGUGAUUGGCACCCUACAGGGCUAUCACUGUUGUGAUUCUAUUUAUCUGUUUUCCAUAUCCACCUACAGUACUCCUUUUUUGCCGUACGCGGGCCUCUCACUGUUAUGGCCUCUCCCGUUGCGGAGCACAGGCUCCGGACGCGCAGGCUCGGCAGCCAUGGCUCACGGGCCCAGCCGCUCCGCGGCAUGUGGGAUCUUCCCGGACCGGGGCACUAACUCGUGUCCCCUGCAUCGGCAGGCGGACUCUCAACCACUGCGCCACCAGGGAAGCCCCACCUACAGUACUCCUUUACCUGAUCUAUUCUCUUAAGGGAUCCAUGGGUUUAUCGAAUGGUGUUGUUUGUAUCAGUGAUCAUUUGCAAAUGUCUGCAAAUAACAUAAAUGGAGAACAAAAAAAAAUUCAACUGGGGAGCGACAGACACAGGUCUAUAGUAUACACACUGGUAUGCAGAUUUUCCCUGUAACAGCCCUUCUUGGGCCUUAGCCUCCUGAGGAGCCCCCCUCUUUCUGGGGUCACUCAGCCUCAGUAGCCUGUUGCCUUUCUCACUCCCUUCUCUGUGCCCAAUAAAAUGACAUCCAGCCGGAAGAUAGGAAUUUUCUCUCCCUGCUUCAUAUUUCCCCUGCAAGGUGGUUUCAGCCAUUGCCCUGAAAUGAAAGAGAAGGAGAAGUCAUUCAUAUGUGUAUUCAUUUAUCCAACAAGUAUCUUACAGCCACUGGAGGGAGCUCGAGGGAUGUGUGACCCUAACAAGACCCAGUCGUGCCCUCGUGCCCUCGAGGGACUUAACAGGCUGAGGGGCAGGCUCCAGCCGCGUAGGGAUGACUCCUGGGUAUCUGGAUUGGGCGAUUGUGUAAAGGUUCAUGCCAUCUCCUACUGAGACUGGACAUGCUUGGUGUGAAGUACCUGUGGGACGACAAGUAGGCGUAUUGAGAAGGGAGUUGAAUGUAUGAGUCAAGAGCUUGGCGGGGAGAGCGGGGCGAGAAAUAUAAAUCCAGCAGUUGAAGAUUUAGGCACUGAUUGCCCAGGAAGUGGGCUAAGAAAAGAACCCCAGAGAGUUCUGAUGUGUGAAGCAUGGCUUUCCAUGCAUCUUCUCCCAUGUCCUUCCAUUUAAAAACGUGACAGCAACAUGGAGAGCAACUAUUGUGUAAAUAUCUCUAGAAAAAGAACAGUAAGUUCAACUGAUGAAAAAAAUACAUUUAGGGGCUUCCCUGGUGGUGCAGUGGUUGAGAAUCCGCCUGCCGAUGCAGGGGACACGGGUUCGUGCCGCGGUCCGGGGAGAUCCCACAUGCCGCGGAGCGGCUGGGCCCAUGAGCCAUGGCCGCUGAGCCUGCGCGUCUGGAGCCUGUGCUCCGCAACGGGAGAGGCCACAACAGUGAGAGGCCUGCGUACCGCCAAAAAAUAAAAAAAUAAUAAAUAAAUAUACAUUUAAAUUACCCGAUUCUGUCUUUGUAGGAGCAGGUUGAGGAAAGGAAUACUCUAUGUGAAGAUGCUCCGGUACUGGAAUUACUGGUAGAUUGCAUGGCUGUCGACACCCUUAGCCCAUCAGAAAACGGGUGACGGCAGACAGACCUGCAUAUAUGUAAAGAUAAUUUAUAUCAGGGACUUCCCUGGUGGUCCAGUGGUUAAGACUCCACACUUCCACUGCAGGGGGCGCAGGUUCAAUCCCUGGUCAGGGAACUAAGAUCCUGCAUGCUGUGUGGCACAGCCAAAAAAAAAAAAAAAAUUAUAUCAGCAUCGUUUCUAAGAGCAAAAGAUUGUGAACAGCUCAAAUAGCUAUAAAUUUGGCUCAUCUGUAAAUGGACUAUAAUACAACCCUUGAAAGAUUGAGGAAGUUUUUUUUUUAAGUUCCCUUAUGCUUCUUUCUUUUUUAAAUUUUAUUUAUUUAUUUGGUUGCGUCGGGUCUUAGUUGUGGCAGGUGGGUUCCUUAGUUGCAGCUUGCGGGUUCCUUAGUUGCAGCACGUGGGCUCCGUAGUUGUGACAGGCAGGCUCCUUGGUUGUGGCUCCAGGGCUCCUUAGUUGCAGCUCUCCAGCUCCUUAGUUGCAGCACACAGGCUCUGUAGUCGUGGCAUACAAACUCUUAGCUGCGGCAUGCAUGUGGGAUCUAGUUCCCUGACCAGGGAUCGAACCCAGGCCCCCUGCGUUGGGAGAGCGAAGUCUUAUCCACUGUGCCACCAGGGGAAUCCCCAAGGAAGUUCUUUAAGUACUGUUCAUACAUGCAGGCACACACACACACACACACACUUACGCAUACUCUCAUAUAUAUAGUGAACAAAAAGUGAUGGUAUAUUACCAAUUGUAUGAAAAAGGAGAGGGGGAGAAUAUGUUUGCAUUUUAUGUGUAUAUUUGCUUGCAAUGUAUAAAAUAUCU